AUGACCAACAAGAGAAAAGCAAAUGCUCCACCAAAAGAUUUCAAGAAGGAAAAAAAAAAAGUGGGAAGAAAAUUAAAACCAACAAAUUAUACAAAUAUCGAAUUCAAGACAAAGGGUAUUUAUAUGGCCCACCAAAAUUUGAGAACUGUAGAUACAUUGGAAAGUAAUUGGGUUACAAGCAGAAAUAUUGGAUUACAGGAUAUAUUUCCAAAGUUAAAACACUAUAAUGUAAAAACUGUGGUGUCUGCUAUGAAAAGUCUUUUGGAGUUAGUUACUCUACAUCCUAUUGUCUUGAAAGUUUAUUUGGGAAAAAUAUUAAAUGAAAUAUCACAUUUACUCUUAAUGGGAGAAGAUGAAAUUCAUGCAGCAUUAUAUAAUUUCUUGAGUUAUAGUUUACCUAAAAUAUCAAGCGCUUCUAUCACUCCAUUUAUAUCAUUAUUAAUGGCUUAUCUUACAUCGGGAAUGACUCAUCUUAUUGGAGCUGUUAGAAGAUAUUCAUUAAAGAUUUUAUCAAAAUUUUUGGAACAUUUUCCAAUACCAAUUUCCCAAUAUGCAGUUAGAGUAAUGCCUAAUAUUUGUUACAUUUUCAUGUUGAGCAGAACAGGAGUCUUAUAUAAGGGAGCAAGAUAUAGAAGCUUACAACAAUUAUGUGUUACUGUAUUGGAUAAUUAUCUUUCUGUUUUAUUUGAAAAUAACAAACUUGGAAUACCAUCCAGUAAAAAGGUUAAUCAUACACAUACACACAACCACAUGAAAAUGAACCUGACAAAUAUUAAUUCAUCAUCAUCUCAAUCAACAGGUAAUAUUUACUUUUCUAACAAUAGUUCUGAAAAGGCUCAAUAUUCAUUUGAUAAUGUGGACCAAAAGAAACUUCACUUAUUGAAUCAAUUGUUGACUAGAAAGAUGGCUGUUCAAGAUAAUCUAGAAGAAAAAACAGUUAAGUUGGAUGCUGAACAACUCCUAGAAGUUGGAGAUGAAAAGAAAGUAGAACAAGAAGAUAAUGAUAACAAACCAUCUGAAUUACCAUCUCUUAGAAAAUUAUUACAAGAAGAAAUGCAAAUCAAAGUUUAUAAUUUAGAGGAUGAAGAAUCUAUUGCUGAAUUCUUUAAAUUAAUUUUCCAUAUACUUGUUGAGGUUUGGAUUGAAAUUUUUGAAGAACAAAGAGCUUCUGCAGCUAGUCACCAUAUUCAAACCGAAUAUGUGCUAACUGUUAUCAAAUCUGUCUUAGAUAUUGCUUAUCAACUUUUAUAUGCCUUUGAACACACUCAACAAGGUUCUCAAACUAAGAAUAUUAACAGCAAAAUUGUAAAUAAGGCAUUGAAGAAAUCAUUGAACCACUUUGUUACAAAGUUACCACUUCAACUUUCUUCUAAAAUAAGACAAACAACAAAUAGUAUUGAUAGAACCAAUGCAAGCUUGCUUUCAAUGCUAUCAUUUGCAUUUGGAAAGUUUAGUACAGAAAAGGAAAGUAGCGAGAUUACUUACAAAGAGUGGGAACUUGUUUAUUUAAAGCAAUUUUCAUACUUUUUAUCAAGUGCAGAAUCACUCAACUUGCAUGAUGAGGAUUUUGCAAAACUUCUUGGAUCAUUCUAUAGAAUGUACAAAUAUUUACCACCUUCAAUAGGAGCUCAAUUAUGGAAACAUUUAACUAGUUUGUUUGUUAAACAAGGAGCUUAUUCAUCAAAGCAACAGUUAAUUUUGGAAUUCUUUGCUAAUGUUGGACUUAAAGAUGAGUCAAUUACACCUCCUCCAGAUGUUAUUGAACAGUGGGUAGCAGUAUUAGUACCAAUGCUAUGCCAAUUAGAUGAAAAACAUUAUGAAUUAAGCAAACAUAUUCUUAAUGUUUUACUUGGACUUGCUAAAAAUCCAAAGUUCCAAUCUUUCAUAUUGAAACAAGUCAAUCAAUCAAUUGUUCCAUUCUAUUAUGAUGAAGAAAAGAAACAAUUUGGACCAUUUGUAAAUCUACCAAAAUAUUUACAAUCCCUAUCACUCCAGUUAAUUUAUUAUUUUGAUGUUUUACCUCCAGAGUUAAUGAAACAAAUAUCAAGAGCAUGCUGUAAUACAGAAAAGAGACUAAAUUUCGAUUUGCUUACUCAAGUCAUUGAGGUUGUGAGACAUCAUACAAACAAUGCAAGCAAGCAAAAUAAGCUUAAGCCAUCUGUACAUAUUAGUUUCCUGUGUACUAUCCUGUGUUUUGUUUGCUCUCCAACUGGUGAAACUAACAACCAAAUUGGUCUUGUUGGUGUUGGUGAUGUUAUACAAGAAAUCAUUGUUUCACUUCAAGAUUAUUCCACUACUAUCUUUUCAAAGUUGGUUCCUUUCUUAAGAAAUAAUUUGGAAAAACAAGUUAAAACUGAAAAGCCAAAUAUUACACUAUUGGGAGCUUUAUUACAAAUAUCCGCCAAGACUAUUAGUUGGACAAACAUGGAGCAAAUUGAAACAACAAAUCUCUCACUAAUUGAAGAACUUAUACCGAAAGCUCUGGUUUGUUUCCUCAAACAUACAAUUCUCCAACAACGAAGAUCAAAAUCAUCUUCCAUUAUUACUAGAGAGAUUUUAAUCUCUUAUUAUCCAACCUUGAGAAAUAUUAUCAGUUUACUAGAUAAUCAAAUUUCAACACUUGAGCCUCACUUUGUUUUGGAUAUUAUUUUAGUUUGUAUGAAAGUUGCUCUUUCUCAUUAUCAUACCAAUAAGGGAGAAUCAACAACAUUAAUACAACAAAUUGAACAGCAAUGCAAGACACUAUUUGAGAAGAAUGAGUUUGUUGAGAAUGAGUACUCAUCAAAGAAGAAUCAAAUUUUAGGUCUUUUAAAGAUGAAUCAAUAA